ACACACACGAACCCACGAACGCAGGCUCCCGAGAACGCAGCCCCCAUUGGAUUUGGAAGCUUCUCCAUGGGACACCGAGCCUCGUAGACGAAGCAGAGGGGACCAGAGAAACCGAGGAGCAAGAAGCAGGGAGCCAUGGCGUUCCUCCUGCCCAAGCUCACAACGCCGUCCUGCAAGUUGCCCCCGAGCCCCCUCCUCAAGCCCCAGCUCGUCCCGCCGGGCCACGGCGGCGGCAAGAUCCAAGGCUCCUCCGUCUCCGGCUCUGGCGCGGCGCAGGUCGCGGCCCCGGGCCACCUCAGCCUCCUGCUCCUGCUCAGCGCCUCGCAGCAGGCGGCCGGCCCCGCGGCCAAGUCGACGGCGACCAAGAACCGGGGCAAGGGCGGCGGGGAUCCGCAAAGGUCGGAUUUUUACCUCAACCUCGGCACCGCGGUGCGCACGCUGCGGGACGACCUGCCCGACGUCUUCGUCCGGGAAUCCAACUACGAUAUCUACCGUGAAGACAUCACAUUUGUCGACCCACUAAACACUUUCCACGGCAUUGACAACUACAAGACCAUCUUCUGGGCACUCAGAUUUCACGGGCGCCUGCUGUUCAGAGAAAUCGGGCUCGAUGUAUCACGCAUCUGGCAGCUGACAGAGAACUCGAUCGUUGUCCGGUGGGAGCUGUGGGGCACUCCCCGUGUCCCAUGGGAGUCAUACGGCUGCUUCAGCGGGACGUCGAGGUACAAGGUCGACAGGAACGGGAAAAUCUACGAGCACAGAGUCGACAACUUGGCGCUGGACUUCCCACGAUCAGUAGCCAGAGUGGGCAGCAUCGCUGACAUGGUAGUCGCCACGCCGAGCCCCAAUUUGACGUUUUGGAAUGCGGUUGUGACAGGCGAUGGUUGCUCGUGGACAAAGCUUUAUGAAGCCGUGGUGGAAGCUGUGGAACGGGAAGAGCAUAGUUCCACUGGCAUUGGCCCUGUUGGCUGCAGCUUCGGUUGCGGCUGUGGCUGCAGUUUUUGAAAUGCAAACUGCUGUAGCUUGAGCUGCUUGUUCAUAGGAUGGAACGAGCUCCAGGGCUAGUUGUUUGGUUGUUCCUAGGGGAAAUGUAUAGAUCAAUAUAUAUGGGCACACGAAUCACGGUAUACUGAUAUCUCUUUGUAUACUGUAGCUAUAGGACAGCAAAUUUAGAUAAAACACGUACUAGAUGGCUAUAUUUGAUUACCCUUGUGACCUUGUGUUAUACAGGGCCACAGGGGUAGUGCUUUCACUGCUUUCUUUCAUAUGCGAUACACAGAUCUUUUGGGUGUGGUUUGCCCAAUAUUAGACACAGUUUAGGA